CCUUGCUUUUUAUAGGCACAUUGAAAGCGUGUUGUAGGGUGUGUGCAUUGGCGAAGUAGCGUUUCGCCUUCGAUGUUUACAUGUUGCCUUCAACGCUGGAAGCAAAGAUGGACGAGCUUCGCACAGACGACGUCACCUCUGACUUCACGCGCUGCUUUCUCCGUUCCUGUGAGGAUGAAAUACCGACACCCAUCCGAGGAACAGUUUGCGGAAGAAUCCCACCCUGGCUCCGCGGCUGUCUUCUGCGAAACGGGCCAGGUAUGCUAGAUGUCGGCUCAGACCGCUACAAUCACGUCUUCGAUGGACUCGCGAUGCUUCAAGGGUUCGUUUUAGAUGACGAUGGCGUAACUUAUCAAACCAGGUUUUUAAGAAGUGAAGCGUACGUGAAGAAUUCGCGGGCAAAUCGUAUCGUCGUCAGCGAAUUCGGUACGGUAGGACAUACAGAUCCAUGUGCCAGUCUCUUCGAGAGACUGUCGUCCUUUUUCGUGCCCGGUUUCACGGACAAUGCUCUCGUUAACGUUAUGCCAAUCGGCGACGAAUAUUAUGCCAUGACAGAAGCCCCCUACAUGCACAGGAUCGAUCCCGCCACUUUGGAUACCUUGAGCCGCGUUGAUUUGCGCCGUGUUGUAGCCGUGAACAUUGCAACGGCACAUCCGCUUAUCGACCCUACUGAUGGCACAACGUACAACGUUGGAAGCUCCAAGAGCGGUUACGUCGUAGUCAAGUUUCCGGCGGGUGAAUCUGCGCUGCAGAAGGGUCAGAUUCUGGCGACUAUACCACUACGAAGUAGGCUACAUCCUGGAUAUAUUCAUAGUUUCGGUCUCACACAACACUAUAUUGUGGUCCUGGAGCAGUCAUUGACCUUCAAUAUCCUGAAGGCUUUGCUCGCUCCCUUUCGUCAGAUACCAUAUCUGGAUUGCGUCGAAUUUGACCGGGACCAGCUGGUCUGUUUUCAUGUCGUAGAUAAAAAAACAGGCAAGCGUACGGAAAGAAAAUAUGUUAGUGAAUCUUUUUUGGUCUUUCAUCACAUCAACACUUAUGAGAAGGACAACCAUAUUGUUGUUGACCUAUGUGCCCACAAAGACGAUACGAUACUCUCCAUGCUUUACACGGAUGCGUCAAAGAGGGCGUCCAGAGGCAAUGUAUCACUAUGCGCCACACCGCGGAGGUACGCCCUACCACUUAACACGGAGAGUUCCACCAGUGGCACGGAAGUAGUUCCUGGGACGUCUGCGACUGCACUUCUUAGCGAAGACGGGACAGUGCAUCUUCUUCACGAAGACCUUAGACCAGAUGGAUGUUCCUUCAACUGCGAGUUGCCACGGUUAAAUAACGCGUACAUCGGAAAGCCCUAUCGUUUCUUUUACGCAGUGGCGGAAGAGUCCGAAACGUCGUUGAUAAAAAUGGACCUUGAAAAGAAGACCUGUCAGACGUACAGCAUAGAAGGGUGGGUGCCCACAGAGCCCGUGUUUGUGGCCAGACCUGGUGCAUCUGCUGAAGAUGAUGGUGUUGUGUUGUCGGCCUUUCUGAAUAUCGCGGAGGAGCGAAUGGUGGCAUUGGUGAUCCUAGAUGGUGAGAGCUUCGAAGAAGUGGCGAGGGCGGAGUUUGGGACACCUUCGGUUGUCACGGCCUCGUUUCAUGGCUGGUUUGGUGGUGCCAAAUGAACAACAAUAAAUAUAUGAUGAUGAUGAUGAUGAU